AUGCUUCCACUACGCCUACACACCGCUGCCUCUCACGCUGCGCUGAGACGUGCCCGUGUGUCAUCCCCGAAAGCCGCCUGGGUAAGCUGGGAGACAACGCCGAUCGUGCCUGCCUCUACGCAGGCGUUGCAUUAUUUGAUGGCAGCAGUCGAAGACCCUGGCAGACGCCCCACCAAUUACGCCACUAAAAAUCUGAGCGCCACGCAACGGACUGGCCAGCUCAAACACCACCUUUCUGCUUCAAACAACCAACUCAUAAACAUAUACACCACCAAUACCACCUCUGAGGCAACACCCACCAUGGCUCAGGCAUCUCUCCCAACCCGCGGCGGCUAUGACCCAAAUGCUGCCCAGAAGUUCACUGCGCGCAAGAUCGGCGCACCACACACUCUCGAGCACCGCGUCUACAUCGAGAAGGAUGGCGUUCCAGUCUCGCCAUUCCACGACAUCCCACUCUACGCCAACGAGCAGCAGACUGUGUUGAACAUGGUUGUUGAGAUUCCACGAUGGACCAACGCCAAGCAAGAGAUCUCCAAGGACGAGGAGCUCAACCCUAUCAAGCAGGACACCAAGAAGGGCAAGCUUCGGUUCGUCCGCAACUGUUUCCCACACAAGGGCUACCUCUGGAAUUACGGUGCUUUCCCACAGACUUGGGAAGACCCCAACGUCACACACCCAGAGACCAAGCAGAAGGGUGACAACGACCCGCUGGACGUCUGCGAGAUCGGCGAGCUCGUCGCCAAGGUCGGUGAGGUCAAGCAGGUCAAGGUCCUCGGUGUCAUGGCUCUCCUUGACGAGGGUGAGACCGACUGGAAGAUCAUCGUCAUCGAUGUAAAUGACCCGCUCGCACCUCGUCUUAACGAUAUCGAGGACGUCGAGCGUCAUCUUCCAGGUCUCCUCCGUGCCACCAACGAGUGGUUCCGCAUCUACAAGAUCCCAGACGGCAAGCCAGAGAACCAGUUCGCUUUCUCCGGCGAGUGCAAGAACCGCAAGUAUGCUAUGGACAUCGUGCGGGAAUGCGCUGAGGCUUGGGAGAAGCUCAUUACGGGCAAGACACCAAAGGGCGAGAUCAACCUCACCAACGUCUCGGUCCCACACAGUGCCGACCGUGUCGAUGCGAAGAGCUUGAACGUCCCGGCACACGAGGAGAAGGCUCCAGCGCCAAUCGACCCAUCGAUUGACAAGUGGUUCUACAUCUCCGGUGCAUCUGCUUAG